CCCCGGAUUUUUUUUUUCUUUUUUCUUUUUUCUUUUUUUUUCUUCUUUUACCUUUAUUAAACUUCUUUUUUCUUUGUAAACUAUGCUUGCUUCUACUCGUCGUUCCGUUGGACCUACUCGCGCCUUUAUCCGUACCUUUGCUUCUGCCACCAAGAGUCCCAAUGAUGUUCUCAUUGUCAGUGCUGUCAGAACCCCUGUGGGUUGUUUCAACGGUAGCUUAAAGUCUGUCCCUGCUGUUCAAUUAGGCGCCAUUGCUGCUAAAUCCGCUAUUGAAAGAGCCGGACUUAAGCCCGAGGAUAUCGAAGAAGCUUAUUUCGGAAACGUCUUACAAGCCAAUUUGGGUCAAUCCCCUGCACGUCAAGCCAUCUUGGGUGCAGGUUGUCCUGACACCACUGAAGCCACUGCCAUCAACAAGGUCUGUGCUUCCGGUAUGAAGGCCGUCAUGUUGGCUGCUCAAUCCAUCAAGAAUGGUGACCGUGAUAUCAUGGUUGCUGGUGGUAUGGAAAGCAUGUCCAAUGCUCCUUUUUAUGCUCCCCGUAAUGCCGCUUAUGGUCAUCAACAAUUGUCAGAUGCUAUUAUCAAGGAUGGUCUCUGGGAUGCUUAUAACAACAUCCACAUGGGUAGCUGCGCUGAGAACACCGCUGUCAAUUACAACAUCUCUCGUGAAGAUCAAGAUGACCAUGCUAUUGAAUCCUACAAGCGUGCUGCUCAAGCCUGGGAAUCCGGUCAAUUUGAUGCUGAAAUUGCUCCUGUUACACUCAAGUCCAAGAAGGGAGAGACCGUGAUCAAGGUAGAUGAAGAAUUCAAGAAUGUCAAGUUUGAUAAGGUCAAGUCACUUCGUACUGUUUUCAAGAAGGAUGGUACUGUCACUGCCGCUAAUGCUAGUACAUUAAACGAUGGUGCCUCUGCUUUAGUCUUGAUGUCUCGUGCCAAGGCUGAAAGUAUGGGUGUCAAGCCUUUGGCUCGUAUCAUCUCUUAUGCCGAUGCUGCUACUGCUCCUAUUGAUUUCACCAUUGCUCCCUCCAAGGCACUUCCUAUUGCUCUUGAAAAGGCUGGUUUGACUACAGAUGAUAUUAGUAAGUUUGAAUUAAAUGAAGCUUUCAGUGUUGUUGCUCGUGUCAAUGAAAAGAUCAUGAACCUUGAUCCUAAGAAGGUGAAUGUCUUGGGUGGUGCCGUGGCUCUUGGUCAUCCCAUCGGUUCUUCAGGUUCUCGUAUUCUUGUCACUUUAACUCAUCUCUUAAAGUCUGGUGAAUUUGGUGCUGCUUCUAUCUGUAACGGUGGUGGUUGUGCUUCUGCCAUUGUCAUUCAAAAGGAAUAAUUUUUUUUUUUUUUACUUGUGUUUGAUAAAAAUUAGAUUUUUUUUUUCUAUUUGAGAUGAUGCUUCAAUUUGACCAGGAUAGUAUAAACAUGGAGG